CAUUAAAAUAUGAACUUCUGAUGACAAAAGUUUUCCGUGUAUAAAAUAUUAACAAAAUAAACUGAACAUCUUUGUUAAGAAUGUGUUAAAAUUGAAGCGUAAAUACCCAGUCAAAGAUGUUUUAAAUGGUUUUAUACAAAUUCAAACAGUGUGACAGGAUUUAUCAUAAUUUUCCAUAACUAGACUAGAUUUAAAUGACACUAUGACGCAAACGGUGAUCAUGUCAAAAUAUCCAAAGUAAUAAGGACAAAACAUUAUGUGAAUUUUGAAAACUGGUGUCAAAUUCAUAUAACAAUUUAACAAAACGGAUUUUCCUCUAAAAAGAAUAUUGUGGGAAGUUUUACAUGUAAAUUGAUAAUUGACAACAUAUGACACAGCCUCAUCUCUAAAAUUUAAGCUCAAGAAAAGCAUAACAAGGAAGGAUGUCAAAGGAACCGAGAGAGAACGCUGGGACGCAAUCGAAGAAGGUUGGAUUUUACAACGUGAUGUCUGCGUACAGUGCCACGACAAACUAUCCGUCCCAGGUGGAAAGUUAUAAGUCUACGAACCCUCAAAGGCAAAAUUCAGCUCAUUCGGAUGAACAGACCUCUCCAAGAAAUGUUAGUUUUGGAAAUCCGUCUAAAAGAGAAGAGGAGAAGGAUAAACGUCAAAAAUACUUAACGGCCCGAUACGGGCAACAUCAAAUGAUGUUAAUACGUAAAAGACUGGCUGUAGAAGACUGGUUGUACGAGAAAUUAAGGGAUAUGUAUAAUUGUGAGAAUGAAGCAGAAGAUCAUGAAUGUCAGUUGGAUUUAGAAGAUAUUCUUAACUUUGAUACAGAUUCAGAAAGAUUGCAAUAUGCACAUGAAAAUUUAACAGAUGCUAAAAAACCUCCAGAUAUAGUAAAUGGAUUUAUUCAAGAAUUGCUACAGAAAGCAAAGACAUUAUAGACCUGCCAUCAUGUAACCUGAUCUCACAAGAUUGGUCAAUUAUCAUACUCAUUUCUGCACACACAUUGGUCACAUGAUUGUCAUGUGACCAUGUCAUUCAGGGAUUCUAUAUAUAGUAUCAUUUGAAAUCUGAUUGUCAUUGUUACUGCAUUGUUCCAAGUUGAGAGGAAACAAAAACAGGAUAUUAUUGAUGUCUCAUGUUUCUACAUAUAGUAGCUGUCUCAUCAGAUUGCAUAUACUUACAUCUAUUUAUAUAUAUGUAGAUAUACAAUUUAGUAAAUGAGAACAGUAAAACGACUGGUCUCUAUUCUUUUCUUCUUAUCAUAAUUUUUAUGGUUAAGUGUUCAGAAAAGUACCAUUCAUUUCUUUUUAGAAAGUUUUAGUAGAAUUUUGUUUUCAUCAGUCAAGUUCAUUUUGUCUGUUAUUUGAAUGUGAUACAUGCUAUUUUGGCACAUGUAAUUAUGUUAGUUUUGUAGCAUAACUGAUUUUUCACAUAGUUAUUUUAUGAAAAUAAUAGGCAUACAGUGUAUAGGCCAAAAUUUGUUUAGGAUCGGUACAAAAUGUCACAGGGUGAAAAAAUGUGCUGCCUGGCUGGGACUCUAACCGGGGUCCCUCAGAGUACAAUUCCGCUGCUCUACUGACUGUGCUAUCCGGUAUCUUACACAUCUUCUCCCCUAUAUAAUGAACUGUUCUAAAACGUGACAAAUGAUGAUUCUGUUUAGGUUUUGAAAUUGCUUUGUAUAACUUGUAUAAAAGAAAUAAAGUGGUACUGUAUGUAUUAUAUCUUUUUAUCCCUAGAUGAAAACAACUUUAAACAACAUUGUCUGGUACUACAAAUGUAAAUAAAACUUAGUUUUAGACAUAUGAAAUAUAUUUUUUCUUAAAAAAAUUUUCUAUUAAGAAGGGCUUUUUGUUGAAAAAUAA